AUGGCCGGCCUGCCGCACAUCCCGGGCCCCGAGAACCUCCGCCCCUUCACCCCCGAGUCACUGGCUGCCAUCGAGCAGCGCAUCGCCGAGGCAGAGGCGCUCAAGGUAAAGCGGCAGCAGGUGGAGCUGCCCGAGGAAGAGGAGCUCAAGCCCAGCAGUGACCUGGAAGCCGGCAAGAACCUGCCCCUCAUCUAUGGUGACCCCCCCAUGGAGCUCAUCGGGACACCCCUGGAGGACCUGGACCCUUUCUACAAGGAUAAGAAGACUUUCAUAGUCCUCAACAAAGGGAAGUCCAUCUUCCGCUUCUCGGCGACUCCUGCCCUCUACCUGCUGGGUCCCUUCCACCCCAUCCGGAGAGGAGCCAUCAAAGUGCUCAUCCAUUCAUAUCCUUUUUUUAAAUUAUUCAGUAUGUUCAUCAUGAUCACGAUUUUAACCAACUGCGUGUUUAUGACAUUGAGCAACCCGCCAGCGUGGUCCAAGAUUGUGGAAUACACCUUCACUGGAAUAUACACCUUUGAGUCCCUCAUAAAGAUACUGUCGAGAGGCUUCUGCAUCGAUGACUUUACAUUCCUGCGUGACCCGUGGAAUUGGCUGGACUUCAUGGUCAUCUCCAUGGCCUACAUCACCGAGUUCGUGGACCUGGGGAACAUAUCUGCUCUCAGGACCUUCCGCGUCCUCCGUGCCUUGAAAACCAUCACAGUGAUACCAGGGCUGAAGACGAUCGUUGGGGCGCUCAUCCAGUCGGUGAAGAAGCUCUCAGAUGUCAUGAUCCUCACCGUCUUCUGCCUGAGUGUCUUUGCCCUCAUUGGCCUCCAGCUCUUCAUGGGAAACCUCCGGCACAAGUGCGUGCGGUGGCCCCCCCUCAAUGACACCCUGCUGGGGGACUUCGGGCUGGACAAUGACACAUUGGCCAACGCAACGCUCUACGGCAACCUCACCGACAGCAUUGACAGCAACUUCACCAGCAACAACACCUUUGAUUUUGAGGCCUACAUCAACGAUGAAGCAAAUUUCUACUUUCUGGAGGGAGCGCUCGAUGCCCUGCUCUGCGGGAACAGCAGCGAUGCUGGGAAGUGCCCUGAGGGAUACGAGUGCAUGAAGGCGGGGAGGAACCCCAACUACGGCUACACCAGCUACGACACCUUCAGCUGGGCUUUCCUGGCGCUGUUCCGCCUCAUGACGCAGGACUUUUGGGAGAACCUCUUCCAGCUGACCCUGCGUGCAGCAGGGAAGACAUACAUGAUCUUCUUCGUGGUGGUUAUAUUCCUGGGUUCCUUCUACCUCAUCAACCUCAUCCUGGCGGUGGUAGCCAUGGCCUACGCAGAACAAAAUGAUGCCACGAUGCUGGAGGCGCAGCAGAAGGAGGAGGAAUUUCAGCAGCUCAUGGAGCAGCUGAAGAAGCACCAGGAGGAGCAAGAGAAGCAGUUGCAGGACAGGCGGUCCAGCAGUGGCUCCCUGCGCAGCAGUACGGCCGAGAAGAAGAGCGACUCGGACCUGAACAGUGACCAGGACAAGACGAAGGACUGCAAUGGACGAGUGGUCCCCAAGGUGGUGCUGGAGCGGUCCGCCACGGUGAUUGAAUUCAACCCAGGCAAUGAGACAGAGAAAUCAAACCACAACCACCUCACCGUGGGCAACCAAGAUGGGCCAGGCCUUGAGAAGAGAGUGGGGAGUGCCAUCAGUGUCAUCUCCAACGCCGUGGAAGAGCUGGAGGAGGCUCACCAGAAGUGCCCGCCUUGGUGGUACAAAUUUGCUCACACGUUCCUGAUCUGGGACUGCUGCCUUCCAUGGCUGAAGCUGAAGGAGUUUGUCAAGCUGGUGGUGAUGGACCCCUUUGUGGACCUGGGCAUCACCAUCUGCAUCGUGCUCAACACGCUCUUCAUGGCCAUGGAGCACUACCCCAUGACAGAGGAGUUUGAGAAUGUGCUGACUGUGGGGAACCUGGUCUUUACGGGGAUCUUCACGGCAGAGAUGGUCCUGAAGCUCAUUGCGUUGGACCCCUAUGAGUAUUUCCAGCAGGGCUGGAACAUAUUUGACAGCAUCAUCGUCACCCUGAGCCUGGUGGAGCUGGGUCUGGCCAACGUGCAGGGGCUCUCCGUGCUCCGCUCCUUCCGCUUGCUGAGGGUUUUCAAACUCGCCAAGUCCUGGCCCACCCUCAACAUGCUCAUCAAGAUCAUCGGCAACUCAGUGGGUGCUCUGGGGAACCUCACCCUGGUGUUGGCCAUCAUCGUCUUCAUCUUCGCCGUGGUGGGGAUGCAGCUCUUCGGGAAGAGCUACAUGGAGUGCGUGUGCAAGAUCUCCCUGGACUGCACACUGCCCCGCUGGCACAUGCAUGACUUCUUCCACUCCUUCCUCAUCGUCUUCCGCAUCCUCUGCGGGGAGUGGAUCGAGACCAUGUGGGACUGCAUGGAGGUGGCCGGCCAGACCAUGUGCCUCAUCGUCUUCAUGAUGGUCAUGGUCAUCGGGAACCUCGUGGUGCUGAACCUGUUCUUAGCUUUGCUGCUGAGCUCCUUCAGUGCUGACAGCCUGGCAGCGUCAGACGAUGACGGCGAAAUGAACAACUUGCAGAUUGCUAUCGGCAGAAUCACCAGGGGGAUCGACUUCGUAAAGAGCUCUGUCCUCAUGCUGCUCCGCAGGCUGUGGAAGGGGAAGAAGGUGGCCCCCGAGGAAGAGCAGGAGCCCAGCAAGGGGGACAACUCUGCACUGAACCACGUGGACACUGGCCAGGAGCCCAAGUCAGAGUACAUGGAUGGAGUCACUGGGAAAGAGUAUUUGUUCAUGGACGAACUGGACCACAUGAAUUUCAUUAACAACCCCAACCUGACAGUGCAGGUCCCCAUUGCCUCGGAGGAGUCCGACCUCUAUGAGGAGGAGACGAGCACCCAGUCUGACACCGAGGAUGCCAAGAACCCCCUCUCCAGCGACAAUGCCUCGUCUCUGUGCAGCACCGUGGAUUACAAGCCGCCACCGCCGGAGGAGGAGGCAGUGGCAGAAGAGGCUGAGGACAGCAGCGAGCCUGAGGAGUGCUUCACCGAAGCCUGCGUGAAGAGGUUUCCCUGCCUCUACGUGGACAUCACCAGUGAGAGAGGGAAGGUCUGGUGGAACGUCCGGAAAACCUGCUUCCGCAUCGUUGAGCAUGACUGGUUCGAGACCUUCAUCGUCUUCAUGAUCCUCCUCAGCAGCGGGGCGCUGGCUUUUGAGGACGUCUACAUUGAACAGCGACGGGUGAUACGCACCAUCCUGGAGUACGCCGACAAGGUCUUCUCCUACGUCUUCGUCAUCGAAAUGUUGCUCAAGUGGGUGGCCUACGGCUUCAAGGUUUACUUCACCAACGCGUGGUGCUGGCUGGAUUUCCUCAUCGUCGAUGUUUCUAUUAUCAGCCUGACAGCAAACUGGCUGGGAUACUCCGAGCUGGGAGCCAUCAAGUCCCUGCGGACACUGAGGGCCCUGAGACCGCUGCGCGCCCUGUCCAGAUUUGAAGGGAUGCGGGUGGUGGUGAACGCCUUGCUGGGCGCCAUCCCCUCCAUCAUGAAUGUUCUGCUGGUCUGCCUCAUCUUCUGGCUGAUAUUCAGCAUCAUGGGGGUGAACCUCUUUGCGGGGAAGUACUACCGAUGCGUAAACACCACCUCGGGGGAACUCUUUGAAAUCAGUGUGGUGAACAAUAAGAGUGACUGCAUGGCUCUCCUCCACACCAAUGAGGUCAGAUGGGUCAAUGUCAAGGUCAACUUCGACAACGUGGGCUUGGGAUACCUGUCCUUGCUGCAGGUGGCGACCUUCAAAGGCUGGAUGGACAUCAUGUACGCCGCCGUGGACUCGCGUGAGAUUGAAGAACAGCCAUCGUACGAGAUCAACCUCUACAUGUACAUCUACUUCGUCAUCUUCAUCAUCUUUGGUGCCUUUUUUACCCUGAACCUCUUCAUCGGUGUCAUCAUUGACAACUUCAACCAGCAGAAGAAAAAGUUUGGAGGCAAAGACAUCUUCAUGACAGAAGAGCAGAAGAAAUACUAUAACGCCAUGAAGAAGCUUGGCUCCAAGAAACCCCAGAAGCCCAUCCCCAGGCCCUCGAACAAGUUUCAAGGGAUGGUGUUUGACUUUGUUACCAAGCAAGUGUUUGACAUAACCAUCAUGAUCCUGAUUUGUCUUAACAUGGUGACCAUGAUGGUCGAAACAGAUGAUCAAAGCCAGCUCAAAACAGACAUCCUCUACAAAAUCAACCUGGUCUUCAUCGUCAUCUUCACUGGAGAGUGUGUGCUAAAAAUGUUCGCCUUGCGCUACUACUACUUCACUAUCGGCUGGAACAUAUUUGACUUUGUGGUGGUCAUCCUCUCCAUUGCAGGUAUUGUCCUCUCAGACAUCAUAGAGAAGUACUUCGUAUCACCCACGCUCUUUAGGGUCAUCAGGCUGGCGAGGAUUGGCCGUGUCCUCCGGCUGAUCCGAGGAGCAAAAGGCAUCCGGACUCUCCUGUUUGCUCUGAUGAUGUCCCUGCCUGCCCUCUUCAACAUCGGCCUCCUGCUGUUCCUCGUCAUGUUCAUCUACUCCAUCUUUGGGAUGUCCAACUUCGCCUACGUAAAGAAAGAGGCAGGGAUCGAUGACAUCUUCAAUUUCGAAACUUUUGGGAACAGCAUCAUCUGCCUCUUCCAGAUCACCACAUCGGCCGGAUGGGAUGGUCUGCUCAGCCCCAUCCUCAACAGCGGCCCCCCCGACUGUGACCCCGAACUGGAGAACCCCGGCAGUUCAGUAAAAGGGAACUGCGGCAAUCCAUCCAUCGGCAUCUUCUUCUUCUGCAGCUACAUCAUCAUUUCCUUUCUUAUUGUAGUGAACAUGUACAUCGCCAUCAUCCUGGAGAAUUUCAACGUGGCCACGGAGGAGAGCAGCGAGCCACUCUGUGAAGAUGAUUUUGAAAUGUUUUACGAAACAUGGGAGAAGUUUGACCCGGAUGCCACCCAGUUCAUCGCGUACAGCACCUUGUCUGACUUUGUGGACACCUUGCAGGAGCCGCUCAAAAUUCCUAAACCAAACAAGAUCAAGCUGAUCACUAUGGAUCUACCGAUGGUUGCUGGGGACAAAAUCCACUGUCUGGAUAUCCUCUUUGCCCUGACGAAGGAAGUGCUGGGAGACUCAGGAGAGAUGGAUGCCCUGAAGGCCACCAUGGAGGAGAAGUUCAUGGCCGCGAACCCCUCGAAGGUUUCCUACGAACCCAUCACCACCACUCUGAAAAGGAAGCACGAGGAAGUGUGUGCUACAAAAAUCCAGAGGGCUUUCCGGAGGUACCUCCUGAGGCGCUCGGUGAAGCAGGCCUCCUACAUGUACAGGCACAGUAAGGACGAAGACGCCCUGAGAGGGGACGCGCCCGAGAAGGAAGGUCUGAUCGCAACCAAAAUGCACGAGAUGUAUGGGAACAGUGGGAUGGAUGUGGAGACAGCCCCAGCCUUUAGCCUUGCACCUGUGCCGAGCUCAGAGACUCAAGAUGCUCCCGGUGAAGCGAAAGUGUGGGAUGGGAAACGCAUUGUGAAGGAGUCGCUUGUGUAA